AUGCCCCUCAGUGGGUCUACAAAGUCCCGAUCAGUGAAAUGUCCAGUCAGGCAGGGGAGGUGUAAGGCUUCGUCUGUCCCUGGUGAGCUCAGGUGAGUGCAAGCUUGUGGUGUGGCGUUGAUCAUAGCCUGGGACAGCGACCCUCCUCUUUGGUGUUUUGCCUUGUGUUGUACAGGAACUCUCAAGGGGUGCGUGUUGUGCUGAUGGUGGUGGGAUGCAGCCAGUACGAGUUGGCGGCUUCCAGCCGACCUCUUUGCUUUCAGCGUUGUUAUGAUGAUUCGCCUAUUGGGUUGCAGCUGAAUUUGGCACUUUAUGUGAGUCGGCUGUGCUGUAGUGGUCCUCCUCCCAUGGCUGCCUCGAUGUGGAACCGUUACAGCUGUAUUGCGGGCUGUUCUCCAUUUCUUAGUGUGAGUCAGUGCUGGUGCAGCUGCCGAGGGAUGGGAGACCCCGGUGGCAUGUGGUCACUGUGUGGAGAUUACCCAUCUAUGGGCCCCCGGUACGAGCUUGUUUCGCCUCUUUGA